GAAACAAAAAUUAAAACUAAUGGCAAAAUUCGCAAUCAUACUCGUUUCAACUCUUUGCUUCAUAUCGCUCUUUCACUUGGUAUCUUGUAAUAAGGAUCAAUUCUUCGUUGAAGGCAAAGUAUACUGCGAUACAUGUCGUGUUCAAUUCUUCACCAAAGUCAGCAAAUUCCUCGAAGGUGCAACGGUGAAAUUGGAAUGCAAAGAAAUCGAAGGUGGAAGUGUGACGUUGAGCAAAGAAGCAGUGACAGAUAAAACAGGGACUUACAGUAUCGAGGCAGAUGGAGAUCACGAAGAAGAGGUGUGUGAGGUGUCGUUGGUGAAGAGCGAAGAUCCAGAUUGCAAUGAGUUCUCGAAGGAAGGCUAUGCCCAUACUUCCAGAGUCACCAUUACCAACAACAGUGGAAUCACCAAUCCUGUUCGCCUUGCCAAUCCUCUCGCCUUUUUGAAGAAGGAGAAGCUUCCAGAAUGUAAAGAGGUUCUCAGAGAGCUUGGAUUUGAUGAAGAGGGUCUCCUCGUUUAAACUAUUCCUCUAUUAUUUUUUAUUUUUGUUACCACCAAUUUUUUUUUAUUUAUUUAUUUACAUUAAUAAUUUUG